UUUGAAUCGACAGAAGACCUGUGCGACUAGCGACUUACGGCCCAUUACCUCGAUACAAGUGAUAUACACGAGUCAACUAGCACCUGCCCAGCAUGUCGCAGCACACAGUCCUCCCUCCCGUCCUCAACGGGGCGCUCCUGAGCCUGGACAAAGUGCACCCGCUCGUCCCGCCCGCGGUGCUCGGCAUCGUCUGCCACGCCAUGUUCCUGCGCCGCUACGAGGUCGAGCAGUUCAUGUACACGCUGCUCUUCAGCAUCGUGGCGGUCGUGGCGGCCAUCUUUGUCGGCUACGUCUCGCAAGGGUGGACAGUGCUCGGCGCCGGCGUGGAGACGGCCACCAUCACGAGCACGUUCUUUGCGGGCUUGUUCUCGAGCAUGCUCGUCUACCGCGCGUUCCUGCACCCUCUGCACCGGUUCCCGGGGCCCUUUGGGGCCAAGCUGUCCCGCUUCUGGUCGGUGAGGGCGGCGGCGAAGAGUGUGCAAUAUUACAAGGAGGUGGAUGCUUUGCACAAGCAGUAUGGGGACUUCAUCCGGACCGGACCCCGUGAGGUGUGCAUUGUCCGGAGCUCUGCGGUGCCGCUCAUUUACGGCCCAAAGUCGGACUGCCACAAGUCGACGUGGUACUCGCAGGUCGACGUCAACAACAAGGCCUGCUCUAUUCACAUGACCCGGGACUAUGAGAGCCAUCGGCUGAGACGGAGGGCCUGGGACCGGGGGUUUUCAGUCAAAGCGCUGAAUACCUAUAUCCCACGCAUCCUCGAGAAGGUCGACAAGUUCGUCACACAGGUCUCGCAGCCGGGGACCACCGUGAACGCCUCGUCGUGGACCAUGCUGCUCACCUUUGACAUCAUGGGCAUGGUCGGCUUCAGCAAGGACUUCCGCGGCGUCGACACUGGCGUCGAGCACCCGGCCAUCAAGUGCAUCCACGAUCACAUGGAGGUCCUCGGCGUGGUCAGCCACAUCCCCUGGCUCCUCAACAUCAUCCCGAGGAUCCCGGGCGCCAGUGCUGGCUACACGCCGUUCUUCGAGUGGUGCGGGAAUGAAGUCAGGGCCAAGCAGAAGACACUCGACAUCAACGAGUACCCGCAGGACAUUGUGUCCUGGCUGAUGAAGGCCUUCCUGGAGAGGGACAUCACGGCUGCGCCGACCGAGGCGGCACUCGACGACGACUCGCGCGCGGUCAUCAUCGCAGGCAGCGACACGACCGCCACCACACUGGCCUGGAUCCUGUACUUCCUGUGCCUGAACCCCGAGGUCCAGACCAAGUUGCAGGCCAAGGUUGAUGCCGUGCUGCCCCGUUCCUCUGCCACUACCACCAUCACCGGCGCCGGCGGCGGUGACAGUGGUGAGAAUGGCUGGUCGUACGAAAAGGUCAAGCAGAUCACGUACAUUGACGACAUCAUCAACGAGGCGCUGCGGAUCAAGCCGGCCUUGCUGACGGGCGGGUAUCGACAGACCCCGCCACAGGGCCUGCAGGUGGACGAGCAGUUCAUCCCCGGCGGGACGAAUGUGUUUGUGCCCAUCAGGCAGAUUCAGAACGAUGCGCGGUACUGGAAGCAGCCAGGCGCUUUCAGCCCGGAGCGGUGGGGCGAGAAGUGGGAGGAGAUGGGGACAGAGGCGGCCCCGUAUAUGCCAUUCAGUAUGGGAUCGUACUCGUGCCCCGGUAAGAACCUGGCCAUGAUGACCAUGCGGAUCGCCCUGUCUCGGCUGGCGCAGGAGUGCACGGUCAGCUUCGCUCCUGGUGAAGACGGUGUCGAGUUUGAGGCCGGGGCCAAGGAUACCUUCACCACGACUCUGCUGCCACUGCAGUUGCAGUUUCACCGGAGGGAGUAGUGCUGCAGACCAAACCAAGCAGAACCCCAGCGUCUGUAGUGAUGGAACCAUUCUUUGCGGUGUCAAGACUUCCUGUAGCUUAACAUUCGUGAUGGGAGAUCCCAGGCUCAAGAAAGAGCUAUGUGGAGGAGGCCUUGAGUAGUUGUAUGUUGUAUGGACCGGGGGCCAUCUCAUGAAUUAGCAGUUCUUUGUAGUAGUCGUCUGUCGUGAUAUCUCCUUCUUAAUGGCCGUGCAAGCCUAUAGUCAAUCGACACCAAGCAGUAAUUACCCACCUCUCUAGAACAGGCGCAGCUGGCGAUAAUUAGGGUUCUUUGUCC